AUGAUCGUUUACGGAAAUGUCGUGUACACCAUCGGAUCGAUUCUCGUGGCUGCCGCCACCACGGUGCGCUCAUUCAAAUUCAUGAUCGGAGGUCGUAUCAUUCUGGCGUUGGGCGAUAUCGCUACGCAGAUCGCCCAGUAUAAGAUGUUCUCUUCGUGGUUUCCUCCGAGUAAUGGAUUCGCGUCCACGCUAGGAUUUGAACUUGCGAUCGGUAAGAUUGGUGGAUUCGUCGGCAAGUCGACGGCCAAUAUCAUUGCCAAGAAAACAGGGAACUUUUCCUGGGUUUUUUGGACGUCGGUUUUCAUGAACCUUUUUACCAACUUUGCUAGUGCAGCGUUCUGGUUCUUCAACAAGUACUGCAAUCGCCACUACAAGGGACGUCGCGAUGCAGCAACCAAGGAGCAAUUGACCGAGAAGAACAAGAAGUUCGAGCUCAAAAAGAUGUUGGAACUUCCUUGGAUGUUCUGGGCCGUCAUGGCAUUCUCUAUAUUCCAAACGAGCGCAGCCUCGGUCUUCGCCCAAAAUGCCACAGAACUGGCAGAGCAACGAUUCAAUGUCGAUUCCAUCAAGGCGGGAUGGUACAGUUCUUUGUCGCAAUAUGCGGGCUUCUUCCUUGUACCUUGCCUGGGCGUGUUCAUCGAUGUCUUCGGAAACCGAGCAUCUGUCUUGUGCGCCUGUGGCCUCGGUAUGAUGCUGAGCAUGGUACUCAUCAACUUCGCAACUUCCAAGGCUGGAACAGGAGCCGCAUUUGGUAUCUACGCCAUUGCAGUGUCUCUCGGGCCUACCUCGGUCAUUGAUAGCAUUCGCACCACGCUCUGGCACCAAUCCGUAUUUGGCUCUGCGUAUGCUUUGAAGGUUACCAUGAACAACGCAAUGAGCAUCAUCAUCCGAAUCAUCACUGGAGCAUUGCAGGAUGCCGAUGACAACUCGUACCGUCGCGUAGUGCAGGUAUAUCUUGUCCUCGGAGCUGGAGCCACUAUCGUCGGUAUGGCUCUCUUGGUUGGCACAUUCUUCACCGACAACUUGGCGUUGUUGCAGUGGACUCGCAAGAAGCGACUCUCGUCCGGAGCGGAGAUCAUCGAGCGCAUUCGAGAGCGCAGUCUGGUCACCGAUUGGCGCCGCACUCGCGCCACUUCCACGGUUGCUUUUGGAGCUUUGAUCCUGUUGGUACUUGGAUCGUGGGUGGCCUAUAUUUGGGGUGCGGUGACAGGAAACUAG